AUGUUGAUCAAAGUCAAGACGCUCACCGGCAAGGAGAUCGAGCUGGACAUCGAGCAGACAGACAAGAUCCAACGCAUCAAGGAGCGAGUCGAAGAGAAGGAGGGCAUUCCACCAGCCCAACAACGCCUCAUCUUUGGCGGUAAACAAAUGUACGUCUCAUCAUCGGCUCAACUGUCAUCCAACUUCACACUCUCGAUGCCUUUACUGACCCUACUCCGCAUCGAUACCGUCACGGGACGAGAUAACAGGCACGAUGAAAAGACGGCCAAGGACUUUGGUGUCGAAGGCGGAAGCGUCCUGCACGUAAGUCAUCAACUCAACGACUCAACCAGUCUGAUAUAG